GUCAGCGUGACUUGCGAAAAACGCGUUGUGAAGUUUUUUUUGUGACCAAUUGUCAAUAUCAGGUUUUAACCUCAGUUUUUUUCGCGUUUUCAGUAUAAUUUUUUUUUUCUUCUUACUGAAAACAAAAACACACAUAUUUUUUAGAAAAAAAACGAUGACAGAUCUUGCUAGUGAUCAACUCAUGAGCGGCAUGCUCGACUCCCAAGCUCAAGGUUUACCUUCUGACAUUCCUCCUACACCUGCCGGAGGUAUGGAGGUAGACGAAGACCCCCGUGCCACACGUAGACCUGGUUUUGAACCUGACAAUAUCCCUCGAGUCAUUGAUGAAACUGCCAUGGCCGUAAUGGAAACCUUUGAAAAGUUUUUAGAAACUUACAAAGAUCCCCAAUCUCAAUAUGUCGCCAACAGUACCUCUAGUUGGUUCGGCUUCCCUUACAUGAUGCAACUUGAGAACUUCAAGUAUUCAGAAAUCGACACAAUCUUUGUCGAUUUUACACACAUUGAGUCGACCGAAGUUCCUUUAGCUACUGCAGUAAAAGAACAAUACUACCGUUUCCUUCCUUAUCUUCGUCGUGCUGUUCACAACACUGUUCGUACACAUUUCCCCGAUAGUCUUUAUGUUAAUGCACCUGCUUUUGGAGUACAAGGAGGCACCUAUCGAGAUUUCACUGUCGCUUUUUACGGUUUGGAGGAAAAGAACCGAGUUCGUCAAUUGAAGACAGAUAAGAUUGGUCACCUUCUUAGUGUUAGCGGUACAGUGACACGUACUACUGAAGUACGUCCUGAAUUAGUCUACGCAUCAUUUACCUGUAACGAAUGUGGAAAGAUCAUCACCGACGUCGAGCAAGAAUUUAGAUAUACCGAGCCCACCAUGUGUCAAGGCGCCACCUGUUACAACCGUUCUCAUUGGACUUUGAACGUUGAGCAAUCCAAAUUUGUGGAUUGGCAAAGAGUCAGAAUCCAAGAAAACGCAAACGAAAUUCCUACGGGUAGUAUGCCCAGAAGUAUGGAUGUCAUUGUUCGUAAUGAAAUGGUAGAGCGUGCCAAGGCUGGUGAUAAAUGUGUCUUUACCGGUACCUUGAUUGUCGUGCCUGAUGUUUCUGCUUUCAGAACCCCUGGUACUUCGGUUGAAACUCAAAGAGACACCUCCGUACGCUCAAGUGAAGGCAUGAGCGAAGGUGUCUCUGGUCUCAAGGCCUUAGGUGUGCGUGAUUUAACUUACAAACUCUCAUUCUUGUCUUGUAUGGUUCAACCUGCUACACAUAACAAGGCUACCGGAUCCAAUCUUCACGGUGAAGACACAACAGAUGAAGAUCCAAGAGAUGUUUACAACGAUUUCUCUGAACAAGAGAUCAAAGAACUUCAUGAUAUGGUCAAUUUAAGAGGCGCUGUCUACGGUAAAUUAGUGAACAGUAUCGCUCCUACAGUGUUUGGUCAUGAUACUGUCAAGAAGGGUAUUUUGUUACAGAUGAUGGGCGGUGUGCAUAAGGUCACUCCCGAAGGCAUGAACCUUCGUGGUGAUAUCAAUGUCUGUAUUGUUGGUGAUCCAUCCACUAGUAAAUCUCAAUUUUUGAAAUAUGUUUGCAGUAUCAUGCCCAGAGCUGUUUAUACAUCUGGUAAGGCUUCCAGUGCUGCUGGUUUAACUGCGUCGGUUAUCAAGGAUGAAGAAACAGGUGAAUUCUCCAUCGAAGCUGGUGCUCUUAUGUUGGCUGAUAACGGUAUUUGUGCUAUCGAUGAGUUUGACAAGAUGGAUAUUAAGGAUCAAGUCGCUAUUCACGAAGCUAUGGAACAACAAACGAUUUCUAUUGCCAAGGCUGGUAUUCAAGCCAGUUUGAACGCCCGUACCAGUAUUCUUGCAGCCGCCAAUCCUGUCAGUGGUCGUUACAACAAAAAGAUGACAUUAAAACAAAACAUCAAUAUGUCUGCACCCAUUAUGUCUCGUUUCGAUUUAUUCUUUGUAGUCUUGGAUGAAUGUAAUGAAGUGACAGAUUAUAAUAUUGGUCGCCAUAUCGUCAGCACACAUCGUCUGAAGGACGAUUUCAUGCAACCUGAAUUUUCUACUGAGCAAAUUCAAAAUUAUAUUAGAUACGCAAGAACCUUUAAGCCUAAGAUGACUCCCGCUGCUGCUGCUAAAUUAGCUGAUUGUUAUAGAGAUUUGAGACAAGGAGAUUCCCAAGGUGUUGGUAGAAACUCAUAUCGUAUCACAGUCAGACAAUUAGAAAGUAUGGUCCGUCUUUCUGAAGCGAUUGCCAGAGUUAAUUGUCGUGAAGAGAUUACAGAAGCCUACGUUGGUGAGGCAUUCAAUUUACUCCAAAAAUCUAUUAUUCGCGUUGAAGAGGAUGAUGUUGAUAUUGACGAUCAAAUGAACGAUCAAGAUGAUGAAGUCAUGAGAAACACAGAGGCACUCAACGGUAUGUCAUUGAACGAAGCAGAACAAGAACAACAACAGCAACAUCAACAACAACCUGACGAUAGUACCGAAUCUGGUUCUCAAAGAAUAACCAUUCAAUAUGAUAAAUUCAACGAGAUUAUGCUUAUGUUAGCGCAUAGACUUCGUUUGAACCAGAAAGAAUCCGAAGAUGAUCCUGGAAUGCGUCUCAGUGAAUUGGUUGUGUGGUAUCUUGAACAAAUUGAGUCUGAUAUCUCAGCGGAUCAACUCGAUUAUGAGCAUACUGUUGUGGAGAAGGUUAUCAAGAAACUUCUUAAGACUGGUGAGACUUUGAUUGAAAUUAGACAAGACGAUAACGAGGGUGAAAUUGAUGAGCACGACCCAAUUCUUAUGCUCCAUCCUAACUGCGUGCUUCCUGACGAAGAGUAAUCGAAUGACUCGGUUUCUUUUUUUUAAUUUCUGUUUAGUCCCUUCGUUAUAUUUUUUUUUUUUUUACAAGUAUAAAUAUUAUUAAUUUCUGCAUUUCCCAAGGGAUG